AUGGAGGUUGUGGUGGCAAACAUAUGGGCAUUGGCUGCUUCCUACUUCUGCUACUUGUUACUAUCAUUCAUGACUUCCCAGUCCGCCGCCGCGCGAGAUCAGACCCUGCAUUCCACCAAACCAUCAUUGCUAUCCCUUCUAUCCACAGGUCCUUGGAAUUUGGCCCUGGACCCCCUUUCUGCGUUCAAUGGCUUUCUCGCUCUGGCAUUCAUCAGUUGGGAUCUUUUCGGUCAUGGGUCAUACCAUCGCCAGAUCAUGAAAAUGCACGAUGAAUAUGGACCCAUUGUGCGUGUCAAUCCAAACGAGCUGGUAGUUCAAGAUGCGGAAUUCUUCCAAACGCUGUACGUAGCAGGAGGCGUCGGAGACGUCAGACGCACGCAGCUACGUCCAGGAUUGGGCAACGGCAAUGAUAUGGACCGUGCUCACCCCUAUACCGUGGGUCAUGAUUCCCACCGUCGGCGCCGGAGGCCCCUCGAGCCAUUCUUCUCCUGGCUUGGGGUCAGUCAACAUCAUCCACUACUGUCAGAAAUGGCGGCCACACUCGUCAAGCGCCUGGAAGACAAACGCGAAACGAAAUCGGUAGUUCGGCUUGAUCAUGCAUUUUUCGCAUUCGCGGGCGACUUCGUGACUCGAAUCUGUUUCAAGAAUCCUGCCUGGUCAUUUCUCGAGGAGCCCGAUUUUGGCCCCGGAUGGUAUGAGUUGUUGACUACUAUGGUCCGCUUUUCUCUAGUUCUGCAGAACUUCGGCUGGAUUGCAAAGAUGCCGCAGUGGAUUCUGAAACGUCAUCUUGAGAUGUUCUAUCCGCCUGUCCGAUAUUUGAGGGAAUGGAAAGACAUGUCCCUUGCUUCAGUGACUGAAGAGAUGCGAAUAACCCAGUCCCAGAAGUCACUUGCUCAUCGGGAAAACCACGCCAAACCCAACUCUCUCUUUGAGCGUCUAUUCAACAGUGACUUGCCAGCAUCCGUAUUAACCAUAGACCGGAUUGUCAACGAGGCGCAUAUACUUCUGCUCACUGAAACUAUGUUUGUGGCUCGAUCGAUGGAUCAUUUAGUAUUUCAAAUCCUUUCGAAUCCGGAGAUCCACAACAGGCUGAGCGAAGAACUUCGCAAUGCCAUGGCGGAGCAUCCAAGGGAACCGCCGUCGGUCCAUCGUCUACAACAACUGCCGUACCUUCAGUCUUGUAUCAAAGAAGGACUUCGACUCAGCAUUUCCACCUUGCAUACGCGGCCCCGAGUGUCUCCAGACGUUGAACUUCAUUACAAGGAAUGGGUUAUUCCUCGUGGGACCGCGGUUGGGAUGCACAUAUACUCGAUGCAUAUGGACCCUGAGGUAUAUCCGGAGCCGGCCACCUUCCAGCCAGCCAGAUGGUUGGGAGAUAUUGAUCCGAGGAUGGCCAGAAACUGGGUGCCUUUCAUGAAAGGCUCCCACGGCUGUUUGGAUUCCUCUUUGGCUUUGGCGGAGAUAUCCAUAGUGAUAUAUGCUCUCUUCGGUCCGAAAGGACCGAAAUUGAAGCUUUACGAGACAGAUGCGUCAGAUGUUAGACGAGUACAUGGGUUUGUGGGAUCACGCCCACGGAUGCAAAGCAAUGGAGUCAGAGUCACGGUUGAAUGACUG